AUGGAAACAGCAAAAAAUCAAUUGGAUGACGCUGUACUCUACAAAUGGCAAAAGAAAGCCAUACAACAACUGGAAAUUCAAGACAACAGGACUGUCUUAUGGAUAUACGAUAACGAAGGAAACUUAGGAAAAACAUUCCUAUCUCAAUAUUUGACGACUAAAAAAGAUUGCAUAGUCACGGAGAACGGAGGAAAGAAGGAUCUUGCAUACGCAUACGGUGAAGAAUACGUGAUCUUUGACUAUACCAGAAGUAUGGAAGAACACAUAAAUUACUCUUUCAUAGAAGUAUUGAAGAAUGGCAGAAUCUUCUCAUCCAAAUACGAGAGCCGUAUCAAAAUCUUUGAACCAGCAAAGAUCAUGUGUUGUGCUAACUUUAUGCCAGACAAAACUAAACUCAGUCAGGACAGAUGGAUGAUCUGGAGUUUAAAAGACAAAGACUCUUUUGAAAUUAUGUAA